UUUUCCCUCAUCCUCCUGUAGUUUCAUUGUAACAACAAGCUGAAAGUUUUAGAAGUUUGGAGCGGAGCUGCGGGAGUUUGCAACUUCUCUUUCCUGCCCUCUCCAGCACCUCAGGGGAACUUUACCAAUUAUUUCCGAAGAAAGAAAACAGUGCUCAAACAUUUGGAGCAGUGUGUUCCCAGCUCCGUAAUGGGAACAGACUCUCAGGAUCACAGGAUGGUGGUGAAUAAACAGUACAGCGAGGAGAGGCACAGCCUGAUAGUCCUAAAGAAUGAAACCAAGCUAGUAAUGGAGGCCUUCCUCCAGAGGAUGGUGAUGUUGGAAGAAGCUAAGAAUGUUGGGCAUGUCGGUCGAUACUACCAUGACAGCAGGAAGUUCAUUUCAACGAGUCCCAAGUGUUCGGAUUCUAACUCGGCCGUGAAGGCACACAUCCGACGAAAGUCGAAUCAUAAAGGGAGCUUGGAGCGGGAAGCGGAAGAGGAGAAAAAGAGGAGCCUGAAGCGAAUGGACGGAGCUGAGGACAAUGACGGCUGGGAUACCACAGAUGAAGAAAUUGCCAAGGCUGAAGAGAAAAAGCAUGGCUUCAGGACAACUAUCAAGAGACUGAUCAGGCGGCAGCGGAAGAUAAAGAGCAGCGAGAAAUCUGUCAAAAAGUCCAAGGAUUCUUUAGAGCUGCUCGAAGAUGAGGGAUCUGGGAAGCAUGGCAGCAAAAGUGAUUCAAAGGCUAAUUCAAUGAAAAGGCAAAAGAGUCCGAACCACUUAAUCUCUGGUGCACACAGUUCAAUAGAGACAGUCAUUUCCAAUGCGAAGGAAGAGGCUACAGAGGAGGUCAGUAAACAAAGCUCCAGGAAGAGUGGCACUAAGAGACUGUUAAGCUUGUUUAGAAAACAUUCACAAGGGAAAAUUGAAGAUGCUUCUGUCAUGCUGGAGAAAGACCAGGAGCCCAGGCCUUCCAGGCCCAACACGCUACACCUAAUGACUGACCGGAUGAGCAGCAUGGACAAGGGAUCGGCCCAAAAUGAAAAUGUGGAAUUCUAUUCGAAAGUGGCAAAGAAGCUGGAUAAGUUAGCACAGCAAUACUGUGCGCAGUCAGACAUUGACCGGCUAAGCCCAAGCAUUGAGAACCGUAUACCAGAAAUAGGGGGCAAUAAUGUCCAACAGAAUGCAGCAACAGACAAGGACAAGAUGAUUGAGAAGAUUGUAUUGUUGCUACAGCAACAAGGAGAUGGAAUCAAUGAGAAGAUGAAGGAAGACCCAGUGCUUCAACGCACCAUGAACCGCAUGUCUUACAGGAGCUUCUCCCAUUUGGUGGAGGCCUUCACAGCCAACGUUGAAGAGCAGCAUGGGGGUCCAACAGCCACUCCCGAGUUGACGAAGAUCGCACUGACCAUGGAGCUCACACGAAGAGUGGCUGGGAUCAGCAGCCACCCAGUGCAGCAGCUGAUGGGCUAUAGCAUGCAGUACAUGGACAUGUUUGUGCCCUGGCUCCAGGAGAAUGGUGGAUGGACAAUGGUGCUGCCAAUGGACGAUGAUUCUGAAUAUCAAAUUGAUUGAUUUUUUUUGCGAAAGAAAUGGGGUUGAACUAAAACCCGAGCCCUCUGAGGAUGAGGAGAACUGGCUUUUCAAUUCGCUCUCAGAAGGAAGAAAUCUGAACCACUUGCCUUUUUAAUCUUGAAAUCCAUUUGAAGUGUUCAGCAGGGGCUGCACUGGCAGGUGAAUGCUGUAGAUGAUCAGCCAAAUACUUUUCUGUCUCAGGAUAAGACUUGCUGAACUCAGCUGGUUUCUCAUGUUUACUGAGUUGCUGUGAAACAGUUUAACUUUAAGCCAGUAAGUUGGUGAUGCAUUCUUAGCUACCUGUUUGGGCACUAGUCAACACUUCGCAUCGAAAGAAACAGCACUCCCAAGAGCCUUUCACAAAAAAAAAUCUCUUGCAGCAAGCUGUUUUCCUAGUAAUAUAUGACUUUCAAAUUUCUGAUUUGGCGUAAGUCAUCUUACACAGUUUACCUCAACCUCAGUCUGCCUUAGAGGUUGCCAAAUUACCUUGCUGCUGUUUCCAGUUUCACCAAAUUAUAACGCCGGUUGAUCGCAGGAAGAUGGAAACAUUUUCAGCAGAGAAAGAGGCCAUUCAGCCCCCUAGUGUCUGCAGUGGCCCAGAAAGAGCAAUCCAGCCUAAUCCCACGUUCCAGCCCGUCUUCUGUGGCCGGUAGUUUAACGGCACUUUGUAUUUCUUUGUAAAGUGAUUCAGCUCUUGAGCGUCUAUGCAGUGGAUGAUACAUCAUUCACAGAAAUGUUGUGGCACAGCAGGAAGCCAUUCAGCCCCUUGUGCCUGCACAGGCUCAUUAAAUGAGCAUCAUCACCCCCAGUUCCAUUCUCCUGCCUCUUCCCCCCCCCCCCCCCACUUCCCCCAUAUUCUUGCAUAUUGUUUUUAUCCAAAUAACCAUCCAAUGUCCAUUUGAAUGCCUCUAGCCUCUGCCUUUUUUCCAGACAGUGCAUUCCAUUCAGAAGAGCCAAGAUUUUCAGAGGAUCAGAGAUGGUGAGAAGCAUACCUGUCAAAAUGGGAUGCACAGAGAUCUACCUCAUUCUCUCAGUAUCAUGUUUAAGGCUUGAGGUUUUUGAUGGCAGCUUGCACGUGGCAAUGUUUAAUCAAUAUAUCAUGGGGAUUUGACCAAUAAGAAUUUGACCAAUCCAUAACUUAUGUCAGUCAAACUGUUAAAAGCUUUGAAAACCGAAUACAGAGACUGCAUCACCAAUCGGCAUCUAUUUAUUAAUCUGAUACUGUUAAGGACUAAUAUGGAAUAGAGGAAAAGAGAAGUGGGGAAGUGUUGCCACAUUGAGUACUGGUUCAGUACAGGGUGGGGAAGUGAUAUUGCGGGUAAAUGUCUCCAACCUUUUCCAAAGUAACAGGACCCAUUUAUUUAAAACAGUUCUUAUUCUCCAAUUAUUUCAAUGAUCUUUUCUGCUUUUGUACAAUUGUGAUAGAUUUGGAGCACAACUGACUUGUGGGUGUUGUAUCCUCUGUGGGGAAGUAGCCAAGGAAGCUAUCCUCCCAUUUCCCUUCCCACACCGAGACCCGAAAUGCAAGGCAGGGUUGGGCAUUUACUUGUUCAGUUCCAUCCCUUACAAAGAAUUCUGAGAUUUCCCCUAGACAAGGGGAGCAAUGAACUAACUAUGAUGCACAAUUCACCUCGGCUGAUUAUCUGUACUGCUGCAGAAUGUUGCUGGGUACAGAUUACUAAACCUCCCUGAAGACUGGACAAUGAAUGACCAGUCAAUACCUCCUUUCACAUGGCAAUAUUCUGAAUGUUACUAUUUUAGUCCAUUCAAAGGUCAAUGUUGGAUACUCUGGCUGUGCCGGACCAGGAACUCAUUCUUGACUUUCCCACAGUUGUUACCAGUAAUUUCCCCUGUGGUUACCAGUAUUGGUGUGUUCUGCAUUUGUAUUAUGUCCUGAAUUCUGUGCAUCUAUCGCGAUGCACAGAAUUGUAAGCUGCUGUACAUCACUAAGAAUGUCAAUUAAGGAGUGCCCUAGUGUAUUGGACUGGUAUCAGUUAAAUCUAUCAAUGCCAAAUGAACCUUGAGCCAAAGUAAAAGGUGAAAUCAUUGUCCCUUGAUGAUAUCUAACAGCAGUGAGAGGGACUCCAGGAUAUCAAUAUUGAGAUAAUCAGAUGCACAGUUACAAUUUUAUAACAUCUAUAAUCUCCCACCUUUUUAUUGAACUAACUGUACUCUGUUAUUCACUUAAUACUGACAAGAGCAGGAUGCUGUCCUACUCAUUCAGCGUGCUGUGGUAUAUAUUCUGACUUUGGGUUUACAGCAAACGUUUUAUUAACUGGCACCGAUGGGAAUAGUCUGUGCAGGUUGAUCAGAUAUUCCAGAUAAUCGAGAGUUCCACAUAACUUUGACCAACUGAAGCUCACUAUCACCAUCUCUCCUAAAAUCAGUGUAAAAACACACAGUUAAGUAAUAGAAAUGGUAAUUUAGGGGAUAUACACCACUGUUAUACUUUACUAACUGUAUUAGUAUGCAGAUAGCACUGUUUUGGAGGUGUAUAUCUUUAUGCUGGUCUAUUGAGAGUGCCAGUUAAAAUAAAGUUUGCUGUAUUAUCUAAAGAUCAGGAAGCAACUCUGUAACAUUCUACCUCAAGUUUUUAAUUUGUUCUAAGCUCUGCUCAAACCUGGAAGUAAUUGAGUUAGGGUUAGGUGCUAAAGACCAAAUCCUAUCUAAAUAAUGCACUUUUUACCCCCAUGGAUAGUUGCAUAAUACAAAUGGUAACUGUUAAUCAAUCCCAGUGAUUGAUCUUCAUCUUCGAAUCUAUAACAGAACAGGGUUUGAGGAGGGGAAUAUCCCUGAGGGAGGAGGCUUUAGAGAACCACCACACCGUGUUGUGGUUCACCAACUUUAUUUUUAAGAGCCUAGCAUCAACUUUUACUCAGAAUAAUAUUGUUUCUUGGCAGCUUUAAAAUUUUACCUUGAUUUUAAAAGUUGUUUUAGAUCUUACUUUUAAUGAAUUCCAAAAGCCCAUGAGCCAGUGUGUAAACAUGUAGAAAGCUCCAGUAGGUGUCAGUUGGACAGUUAAUGUCUACCAAUCAAAGUUAAAUGAACGCAAAAGUUAAGUCUUUUAAAGAUCGAGGGGGUAAAUCUAGCAUUUGCAAUCUUUGGGGAGACACAAGGACUGCAGCGGUCCAAGAAGGUAGCUCAACGUGCACUUCCUCAGGGUUUUUAGGGGACAGGCAAUAAAUGCUGGCCAGGCCAGCGAUGCCUGUGCCCCGUGAACAAAUAUUUUAUGGGCAAUGGCUGGAGUAUCUGAUACCAUACACCUAUUAAAAGUGUGUCCCAAAUGUUGCACUGCAGCAACGUUUUUUGUAACCUUUGCACUCCAAUUCCUGCCAGCCAUAAGAUGGCCACCUAGUAGUAAGACCCCUUGCCCAGCUCUGUCUCCAUAGUGAAACAUAGAAGCAGGAGGGGACCAUUCGGCCCUUUGAGCCUUCUCCACCAUUCUACGCAAUCAUGGCUGAUCGCCCACCUUGAUAGUCUAAUCCUGCUUUCUCCCCAUAACCUUUGAACCCAUUCACCUCCAAGUGCUAUAUCUAGCUGCCUCUUGAAUACAUUCAACAUUUUGGCAUCAACUACUUCCUGUGGUAUUGAAUUCCACAGGCUCACCACUCUUUGGGUGAAGAAAUGUCUCCUCAUCUCUGUCCUAAUUGUCUACCCCGAAUCCCUGCUUUGACUACAAAGACUGCUCUUUCCCCCUACCAGCCCUUAGUAUGUCUGCUGCUUAUUAAUGCCUUGACCAUAGCAAAGGUCUCUAUAUUUAUGAGAAAUCAUUAAUUAUUUGCUGUACUGGGGGAGUGAGGAGUGAUCAUAGUUUGACUGCUAACACACGUAGAGCAAACUGAGAUGCAAUCUCCCUUCCCCCAGCAAAAUGUCUUGCACCAAGAUGUUUGGAGAUGGUUUUUGCCUGUUUAAUGCUACGUCCUGUGCGUUAUCGGUAGCCGAGUCUAGGACUUCAGGGAAGCCAAGACAAAAAGUGUGUUCAGAAGUGCCUCUCCCAAGUGCUUUUUGAGGACCUCCAGGGACAGUCUCCUUUUGGGAUUGACCUCCCACAGCCAUUGGUCUGUACUCUCAACUGAAAAUGUCUCUGAGGCGAGAGGUACAACUAGCCCCCUGCUCUACUGGACUGGGGAAUCUGCUCUUUCUAGGCCAGUAUCGAGUGACCCCACCACCUCUCUGCGGGGAUGUGAAUGUGCCAACAUUGGGCGAUCAGACUAGGCAAUGGUGCUGCUGCAGUAGAACAGCCUACUGCAGUUUGCUGUUGAUGUAUUAUGAGUUUGGACGGGGUGGGGCGUUGGAUCUGGUGAUAGAAAUAAUGAGUUGGUGCAUGUUUUUAAAAUGGGUCUAAGAACCUGACUCCUAAAUGAGCUUGACCACUACUACAAACCCAGUGUGCAAGUUGCUGUCUAUUUUAUAAAGCUGCCAUAUCAGUAAAUACAAGUUUUUAAUUUGUAGGACAUUGAUUUAUGCAAUGGGGUAUGUUCUGUAGAUUUGAUUUUAAUGUAAGCUGUUUGGUAUAUAAGAUGUAUUCUGCAUUUGAUGGUUGUUUUGUGAAAAAGUAAAAUUGUUAUUUUUUUAAAGAUUCAUAUUAUUUUAUGAAACCUUGGACUGUAAGAUGUGAGGCGAGAGAGUAUUGAUAAUUCUCAUUCUGAAUAUCCUGUGAUCUGUUCUGUUGUGUUGUGAGCCAGUCUUAUUCAGAAUGUUUACAAGAUCCAGUAGCCAAAUCCUGCUUUAUUUGCAAAUUCACCCCGUCUUCCGCUGUAUGGGAAUGGUGCAAAACAAUUAGUUCUCAAAUGAAGUAGUCUGCCCAUAAAAUUUACUUUUUUUUUGAACCUCUGACAAGCAGCUUGCUGAUAUCGAGUCCACCAAAAGCAAGAUUCAGAAGAUUUCGUGUUCAAUUUCCUGGGGUGUACUGGGUUAACUAGCCCUGGCUGAGAUUGUACUGUAGCACUACUAAUAUCAUCUACUCCUAGAGCAAGAGAGGAGUAGGGAAGAAUCAACUCAGGUUUCCUAUUCCUUCAUCAAAACUGGAAAGCAGAAUUAACACAGUCGUCAGUGAGAAGGUGUGAGGUUUCCUGUAGUUGAAUGGCCAGCCAAAACAUGGCCAUCUUGACUUUAAUAAGCUAGCUGUCUGAUUUAAGGAUAUCAAGAGUUUAUGGACCAAUUAUAGAGUCAUACAGCAUGGAAACAAGCCCUUCGGCCCAACUUGUCCAAUGCUGACCAAGUUUCCUGAAAUGAACUAGUCCCAUUUGUCUGUAUUUCCAGGUAAAAGGAAUGAAUUUUCAGAUUAGUCAUGAUCUAAUGGAAUGGAAUGAUGGAAGAUGCUUGAGGGGCUGACUCUCAUGCUUCUGUAGAAUGGUCACUUUAUUUUUCUUUAUUCACACGACAUGAAUAUCACUGGCUAGACUAGCAUCUCCUAUUGCCCACAGGGCAGUUAAAACUCAUUCACAUCACUGUGGGUCUGGAGUCACAAACUGGAUAAAGUUGGCACUUUCCUUCCCUAAAGGGCAUCAGGAAACUGGAUCGGUUUUCCCAACAAUUGGUAACGGUUUCAUUGUCGCUGGACUCUUAAUUUCAGAUUUUUAUUAGGUUCAUCUACCACGGUCAAGAUUUGAACGUGGAUCCCCAGAACAUUACCUGGGCUUCUGGAUUAAUAGCCGAGGGAUAAUACCUCUAAGCUAUUUACUCCUGGCACUUGGCAAAGGUCUACCUGGACCCACAGAAGCCGAUACAAAGAAAACCUUGACAAGGGAAAGUCUUUGUGUACCUAAGGGGAUGUGAAUUGUCCGCCUGUGCUUCCUUAUCACUAUCCAGCAACUAAUAAGUAUGCAUUUAGAAUGAUUACAAUACUGAAAAAGACCAUUCAGUCAGAUUAUUGAUAAUAUGUUUAAGAUAUGAUGUGUUUAGACAUGUUUCAUAUUCUUGCUGGGUGUAGUUUGUAUGAACUAAAUUGUUUGAAGCUCAACUCUAAUUUG